GUCACAUGCGACAACACUGUUGCUUGUUUUUUUCGCAGUGCUUUUUAUUUCUGAGUAUUUUCUUAUUUCUUUUAAUUUCUGGAAAAUCUUUACAUAACUUUAGUAAUACUAAAUUAUUUGUUGCGCGUUAAUCAAUUACUUACAUCAAUAAUAAUGGAAAAUCAAGUGCCACAUUUUCCAGAAAAGCACAAGAACAGAGGCCAAGUGGACAGUGGACUUACACAUGAAUGUGGCGUUUUUGGGGCCAUUGGUAAUGAAAGCUGGGAAAGUAAUACCGAAAUUGCGCAAAUUGUCAUGAUAGGGCUGCAGGCUUUACAACACAGGGGCCAAGAAUCCACAGGAAUAGUCACCAGUGAAGGACACAAUGAGUUUAAUGUACAGAAAGGAAUGGGAUUAGUGAAGAAUGUUUUUACUAAUGAUAACAUUUCCCACCUUACUGGAACUAUGGGAAUUGGACAUACAAGAUACUCAACCAGUGCUAAAUCCACUGCAGUAAAUGCUCAACCUUUUGUCGUACAUUCAAUGCACGGCUCGUUAGCGGUGGCACAUAAUGGUGAACUGGUCAAUGCUGCUGCUUUAAGAAAACAGGUCUUAGAUAGAGGAAUAGGUCUGUCAACUCAUUCAGAUAGUGAGUUGAUUACUCAAGCCUUGUGUCUAAUUCCGCCAGAAGGUGAGGUUGGAGGUCCUGAUUGGCCUGCUAGAAUAAGACAUUUGAUGCAAUUGGCACCACUCAGCUAUUCAUUGGUUAUUAUGUUAAAGGAUAGGAUCUAUGCAGUAAGGGAUCCUUAUGGUAACAGACCAUUAUGCUUAGGUAAAAUCCUAGCCUCGACAAACGAAAGUGAGUUUUUUUUCUUAAAAUUAACUAUUUUUACCGUAUACUCAAUUAUUAAUAAUCUAGUGGUAAACGGGUACUCGGAAGACUUGGUGAACAAAAUAAUAGAGUCUGAAAAACCGGCAGAUGGAUGGGUGGUAGCAUCAGAGUCCUGCGCAUUUAUGAAAAUCACCCGGUAUUCGAGAGAAGUUCGACCAGGAGAGAUUGUGGAGUUAACAAGAAAUGGACCAAGAACUAUUGAUAUCAUUCCAACACCAGAGGGCAGGCAUUUGGCAUUUUGCAUUUUUGAGUAUGUUUACUUUGCUAGGCCCACGAGCAUUUUCGAAGGACAAGAGGUUUAUAAUGCAAGAGUUCACUGUGGCAGACAAUUAGCCUUAGAGCAUCCUGUAGAGGCAGAUAUAGUGGGUUCUGUGCCAGAAUCUGGAAAUGCGGCCGCACACGGAUAUUCUUUAGAAUCAAAAAUUCCACAAGGCGAAUUGCUAGCUAAGAACUCGUAUGUCGGUCGGACUUUUAUACAGCCGAGUAACAGAUUAAGGCAAAUGAAUGUUGCUUUAAAAUUUAGUCCGAUACUGGCAAAUGUGAAAGGUAAACGAGUUAUCUUAAUAGAUGAUUCUAUUGUCAGAGGUAAUACUGUGGGACCAAUUAUAAAAUUAUUAAGGAAAGCUGGCGCCAAAGAGGUUCAUAUUAGAAUUGCCAGCCCCCCGUUGAAAUUUCCGUGCUAUAUGGGAAUUAACAUUCCUACAAGGGAAGAAUUGAUCGCAAAUGCGAAAGACUUUGAAGAUAUUGCUUUAAAAGUUGGUGCUGAUAGUCUACACUACCUAAGUGUUCAAGGCUUAGUCCGAGCGGUCCAAAAAGACAUCAAAGUUGACGGACGGGAAAUAGGGCAUUGCACCGCUUGCCUUACUGGCGAUUAUCCUGGAGGUCUGCCAGUGGAAUACGAAUGGUAGACUUAAUUUCAACAUUUCACCGUUCGUUUUAUAGAUUCAGUAUUUUUGUUGGUUAUAGAUUAAAUUUUAUGUGAUUCCAAUCAAAUUGGAAUUAAAGAAAUGUUAGUUAAUUUUUAUGUAAAUCACUUGAAGGCAAAUCUAUAGAUUUAAAACAAUCAAAGUUAUUACGGAAUAUUGAAGCCUUGAAGUGUCUAAUCGCUAAGUCACUGGUAAAAAAUCUCAUUUUUUGCUUUUCAAAUUAUUUAUUUUUUAAAUUGUUCUUUCUGAAAAAGAAAAUGAAGUGCAAAAUGCAAGAAGUUUAAUAAGAAAUUCAAAAGUAAUUAACUAUUUAGUAAUUACUUAACUAAAAGUAAUUGACUUAGCAAAUUUAGCUCUAGGGCGACAAUACAAUAAAAAAGAACAAACAAAUCAAUAUUCUUCAGUAGAAUCUCAACUUUAUAAAUUUAGGAAGAAAAACCUAGUUAUAUUAAGCCGAAAUUUGUAAACCUCGUUUUUAUAGUAUUAAUUAUUAUUUUAAGGCCUACCACUUUCCUAUCAGGUAUCCGUUUGUUAUAGUUUGUAAAAGUUGUCUUAAAAAAUAGAUUAAUAAAUUAUGAAUUCUGAUUGGAAUUUGUAGAUACAA